ACUAGAAUACUAUGAUGUAUUUCCUGUGACUCAUCAUACAUGCCUGCUGUAACAUCAUUCUUCCUCGGGUCCUCACAAUGAAAUAAUCCUCCUAAAAGCACAAUGCAACCAUCCCUGAAAAAGAAUACCUUCAGUCUGGGAAAGGAAGGCUGAAAGUUCAGAAAAAUGCUCUCAACAUAGUUACCGGAUCUGCAUGCAUUUGUUUCAGAGGAGAAAGAGGGGAAGAUGCGGGCUCGUAUUAUACAACAGCUAGCCGCAAUGGCCCGCUUCUAUGCACCAUUGUUUGGAGGGCGGAACCUUAUCAUUACCAAUACAGUGAGUAGUGGUUUAUUGCUGGGAAUUGCAGAUCUAGUCCAGCAGUCUUUGGAACGAAGGCAAAAUCCCAAACGGAAGUGGGAUGUUGAACGUGCAUCUCACAUGUUUAUAACGGGAUGCACCAUGGGACCGCCCCUACAUUACUGGUACACCUUGGUAGACAAACUAACCCCGAGAAAAGGACUUGGACACAUCAAAGUUGUCAUCAUCAAGGUAACAAUAGAUCAGCUUUUUGCUCCAUUUUUCGGGUGCUGGUAUUUCAUGACAAUGGGACUACUGCAAGGUCACACUGUGGCAGCCAGCUGGAAGGAAUUCAAGGAGAAAUUCCCGGAGUAUUUCUUAGCAGAACUCACUGUGUGGCCAGCAGCUCAGAUGGUCAAUUUCCUAUUUCUUGCCCCUCGCUAUCGAGUGCUAUUUGUGAAUGUAGUGACCUUGGGGUGGAACAUAUAUCUUUCAUAUCUCAAACACAGAAGUUGAGGACUGCAAGGAACUGGAAGCAGAAAAGUGAAGCACAAGUAUACUUCUCUGGACUGAAUGUGUUGGCUCAAAAUACAAACAGAUUUGAUGCUGCCCCCCCCUGGAA